AUGCCAAUUCACUGGUCCCCCACCGACGAGCUGCUACAGAGGGGCCAACUGUCGGAAGAUUUAUUUUCGUUGCCCACCGUGCCAAACGAGCCACUCCACCGCGUCCCCACAAAGCAAGACGCGUCCGCACCGAAUGAUCCACUUCGCCGCGUUCCCACAGAGCCAGUCAUCCACGUACCGAAUGGACCAUUUCGCCACGCCCCCACAAACCCAGUUGUCCACGCAUCGCGUGAACCACUCCACCGCGUCCCCACAGAGCCAGUUAUCUACAUGUCCUCUGCGGGCACAUCCCAGUCCCAAGCGAACGUUCUCCAGCACGCAGACUCCGUACAAUCCGUCGCCAACUACCUCCUAUCUCUUGAGAAUUCAUUCAGUUCUGUGACGGCCGCCUCUGACAAGCCCAAAGUCAAUCGCACCCUAUCUUUCAUAGCGGAGACUGAUGAAGGCUUUUUGACCUACUCUGAUGGUUCGAGUAGCUCUGAUGAUUCAUACCCCAACUCUCAAGGAACUUUCAGCGACUGCGACGAUGAAUUAAUGGACGAUCUUGAAUACUUCGCCGAGGAAUUAGACGCCACCAAGGCAGACGACGCUCUAGAUAUCCCUCUGAUGAUAUAUCUGAGGGGCUGUGGUUUGCCAUAUUUUAUGAGCGAAAACCAGGAAAGCCUCGAAGAGCUUAAGCACUUGCGUUAUGCUAUACCUUGGCCUGCGUGCUCUAGCCUUCGACGUCAGCCUGGGACCCGACACUUACAGCAGGUCAAACCCAACUGGCGAUGGCCCGAAAUUUCGAAUGUGGUUCGAAACUAUCUUCGCCAAUUUAACGACGUCAAGAUCCAGAACGAAAAUAACGUACUGAUAGAAAAUGCGUCGCAUCUCGCUCUGCCCCACCUGGAUUUCGUAACAUACGGGAACGAGGACUAUAAACUGCUUAUUAAUGUGGCGGACAACAACCAGCUCCUUCAUGUUAUGAAGCACUACAUCUUGAGCACUGUCAGCGAGGCGAUCCGGCUUCUGCAAAAUUUACCUCGAGGCGUCCCGCUUGUUGAAACGCUGAAGUUCAUAGAUCCAUCUGACGUCCUCGAUGUGUAUCCUAUCACCAUAAUUUUCCUGGCUCCGUGGGAUUUCGGCAUUGAGGAUUUUAAUGACCUUACCGCGGAACAGACUUUCCCGUAUGGGUCCCUCGACACUUUGGAUAGGAAAGAUAAAUUAACCUCUCAUACGCUCUGGGCACUCAUCCAUGACAUUCUUCAAGGCAAGGGGCAUAGUUUCGUCGUGACCAAUUACCUUCGAUGGUCGUUUGGAACACUCACGCCAGAUUGUUCCAGCGCCAAGAUGUCAGCGAUUUUCGAGGCAGAAAUCAUAAAUUUUGAAGGGCAAAGCUUCAAUGUUCCUUAUAACCUUCUGACGAUCCAUUUAUGUAUUGUACCCUUGUACCCCCUUGUCAAACGUAUGCCCUUGUGUACUACUCUGUGUGCCAACUGCGCUUAUGCCGUUGAUCAUACACUUCGUGAUCUUGGCGCUUCGACUGUUGUUUGUGCCUGUCAGGUCGAGCCUUCCGAGAAAUUGCCGUCAUAUAGUCUUCGGGUGCACAUCGCACCUGGACCCUCAGUUCUCCAAGUGGUCGCGUGCUUGACGUCCUCAAUCGAAUCGGAAUUUUUGUUCUUUGGAACGUGA